AUUUUUUUAAUCCGUCCGAAAAAGAAUAUAACCUUCAAUAUUUAGUAACCAAUUACCUUUAAAAUAUGAUGAUUUAUAGCUAAGAGAAAUUUUUAUGACGAUUUGUGUGACGAUUUAUGAAAAAAUGAUGAUUUAUAGCUAGAGAAUUGUUAUUGUUUGUUUUAGACCAAGAAUUUUAAAAGUAUUUUUUCCAGGCGCAAAAAAGACAGCCAGAUAGUGUAUUGUACCCUGAAUUCUAUGCAAGUAUCAAACAGGUAGACCAAAUACUACACUACGAAUCAUGGAUUUCAUGCAAGUGUUAUAAUACGAGCUCACUCAUAAGCUAGAUAUAUUUUUCAUUAGCCAAUUGAUCUUAUAAUCUCCAAUAUCCCUAGGCUUGGAGAUGCUGAAACAGUUUGUAGCUCCAGUAAAGCUCAAACAUUUUUUUAAUUUCUGCAAGUCAGCUAUUAAGCUUCAAACUGAACUUCCUUUUCAACUAAAGAAUUAUUCUUUACUUCCCAGAGUAGAUUACACAUGUAACCAAGAUGUCGUUAGGUCAAAUAGGAUUAUUUCCAAGCUAAGCAAAGAGGGACAGAUUGAUGAAGCAAAGAAGCUGUUUGAUAAAAUGCCUGAACCAGAUGUGGUAUCAUGGACAGCGAUGAUUUCGGGUUAUAUAAGAUGUGGGAAGAUUGAUCAAGCGAGGGAGUUGUUUGAUAGGACUGAUGCAAAGAGAGAUGUUGUUACUUGGACAGCUAUGCUGGCUGCGUAUGCGAGGACGAAUAGAAUUCUUGAGGCUGAGUUGCUUUUCAACGAAAUGCCCGAGAAGAAUAUUGUUUCUUGGAAUAGUAUGAUUGAUGGGUAUGCGAGAAAUGGUGGGCUUGAUAAGGGAUUAGAGUUGUUUUGGAAAAUGGAGGAGAGGAAUGUGGUUUCUUGGAACAUGGUUAUAGCAGGAUUGGCUCGGCAUGGGCAAAUGCAUGAGGCAAAAUUGCUUUUUGAUCAGAUGCCUGAGAAGAAUGUGGUGUCUUGGACUACAAUGAUAUCAGGGUUGUCGAGAAAUGGGAAAGUCGACGAGGCUAGAGUACUUUUUGAUUGGAUGCCUGAGCGGAAUGUGGUUUCUUGGAAUGCAAUGAUUACUGGAUAUAUGCAGAACUCGAGACUUAAUGAAGCGUUUGAAUUGUUUGAGAUGAUGCCAGAAAAGACCGUGUCUUCGUGGAAUACAAUUAUCAUGGGCUUCAUUCUAAACGGGGAACUAACUGGAGCUAGAAUAUUGUUUGAUAAAAUGAGGCAAAGAGAUGUGGUUUCUUGGACAACGAUGAUUAACGGGUAUGUGCUAGAGGGGAAAAGUGAAGAAGCGCUAAGAAAUUUCUGUGACAUGCAAAUGGAUGGUGAAGUGAAACCAAAUGAAGGGACUUUUGUGAGUGUUUUGGGUGCUUGCAGUGACUUAGCCGGUCUUAGUGAAGGAAUGCAAAUUCACCAAGUAAUUAGCAAAACUAUUUAUCAGGAGAACGAAAUGGUCAUAUCAGCACUUAUAAACAUGUAUUCGAAAUGUGGAGAUGUAGCAACUGCAAGAAAAAUAUUUGAUGAUGACUUGAGAGGCCAGAGAGAUCUUAUAUCUUGGAACGUCAUGAUUGCAGCUUAUUCUCACCAUGGAUGUGGAAGAGAGGCAAUCAAUUUGUUCAAUGAAAUGCUGCAAAUGGGAUUCAAACCAAAUGAUGUGACCUACGUCGGAUUGCUUGCUGCCUGCAGCCACUCAGGUUUGGUGGAGGAAGGGUUAAAAUACUUUGAUGAGCUCUCUAGAGACGAUUCCAUGAAGUUGAGAGAAGACCAUUAUACAUGCCUUGUAGAUCUCUGCGGUCGAGCAGGACGACUUAAAGAGGCCUUGGAAGUUAUUGAACGGCUUCCAAGUACAGAAUCAGCAUUCGUUUGGGGAGCACUUCUUGCGGGGUGUAAUGUUCAUGGAGAUUCAGAAACAGGAAAAUUGGCCGCAAUGAAACUGUUAGGGAUUGACACAAAAAGUUCUGGAACCUAUUUGUCGUUAUUGAAAUUGUCUGCUUCGAAUGGAAAGUGGAAAGAAGCUGCAAAGCUGAGGACACAAAUGAAGGACAUAGGAUUGAAGAAGCAACCAGGUUGUAGCUGGAUAGAAGUUGGGAACAGAGUUCAUGUAUUUUUAGUUGGUGAUGAAUCUCAUUAUGAAACUGAGGUUAUUCACUCAUUACUUAGAAACCUUCAUAUGAAAAUGAAAAAGACUGGUUGUGCACCAACAGAUGAUUUUGCAAUGGAAGAAGGUUGUCUUAUUAUCUAAGUUUUUGUUUCCUCCUCUUUUCUUGUUCAAGUUAUGAAUGUCACUACUAGAUUUUUAGUUCAAAGAUCUACUGAAGCAAAGUACAACAUGGAGCUUUUUCACCGAAAUAAAUAUAGAAAAGAAGAUUGUUUUCUA